UUACAGGUGGAAGAUACUCUCUUCCGAAUACCAAAGCACCAUUUAGUCGGAAAAUCAGAGGCGUUUGCUACGAUGUUAUCUCUACCUCAAGGCGGUAACGAACCCGAGGGGUUUAGCGACGAUAAGCCCAUCCAGCUAGCGGGUAUCAAGAAAAUCGAUUUUGAACGACUGCUUCAGAUUAUCUACCCAAUAGAUACCACGCAACAACCUGAACUGUCCAUAAAUGGCUGGAUAUCCGUUCUCGCGCUCUCCAACAUAUGGCGGAUGACGGCGGUCCGAAAGACUGCCAUCCAACGUUUAACAAACAGCCUAUCACAGAUAUCCCCCGUGGAGAGGAUCCUUCUUGGCAGAAAAUAUUCAGUCGCACCUUGGGUUUCUUCCGGAUACGAAGAACUCGCCAGCCGUACGGAAGUGGUGUCCUUUGAAGACGCGGAAAGGAUUGGUGUCGAAGAUACCCUCUUUCGAGUACCAAAGCAGCAUUUAGUCGGAAAAUCAGAGGCGUUUGAUUCGAUGCUAUCUCUGCCUCAAGGUGGCAGUGAACCCGAGGGUAUCACCGACGAUAGGCCCAUCCGGCUAGCGGGUAUCAAGAAGAUAGAUUUUGAACGACUGCUUCAGGUUCUUCAUCCCAUAGAUACCACGAAACAGCCCGAGUUGUCCGUAAAUGGCUGGGUGUCCGUUCUCGCACUUUCCAGCUUAUGGCGAAUGACUGUGCGGAAAACUGCCAUCGAGCGUUUGACGAGCAGUUUAUCGGAGAUAUCUCCUGCGGAUAGGAUCGUUCUUGGUAGAAAAUAUUCGGUCGAGCAAUGGAUUUCUUCCGGAUGUGAGGAACUCGCUACUCGUGUGGAAGUGGUGUCCCUCGAAGAGGGGGAAAGGGUCGGCUUGAGCACGGCGCUGAGGCUUGGACACAUACGAGAGUCAAAUUUCAUGGAUGGUAAUCAACAACAAACCCAAGGUUCAUAUUACUGUAGCCAUUGUGGUUAUUACCGUUGCGGGUGUAGCGGAAAUAAUUUGUCACGGCCACCAUUCAACUCGCAUGUGGUGAAGGAGAAGGUGGGGAGACUUUUCGAAGCCGAGUUGAAGGACGUCGAGGCUGAAGGAGCCGGGUUUGAGUGA